CCCCAGUUCCCGGGCGUACGGCGCGGCCUUUGGUACCGUCGCCGGGGCCGCGGCAGUCAUGGGUUUCCUGAAACUGAUUGAGAUCGAGAACUUUAAGUCGUACAAGGGUCGACAGAUUAUCGGACCAUUUCAGAGGUUCACCGCCAUCAUUGGACCCAAUGGCUCUGGUAAGUCAAAUCUUAUGGAUGCCAUCAGCUUUGUGUUGGGUGAGAAAACCAGCAACCUGCGGGUAAAGACUCUGAGGGACCUGAUCCAUGGAGCUCCUGUGGGCAAGCCAGCUGCCAACCGGGCCUUUGUCAGCAUGGUCUACUCUGAGGAGGGUGCUGAGGACCGCACCUUUGCCCGUGUCAUUGUUGGGGGUUCCUCUGAGUACAAGAUCAACAACAAAGUGGUCCAGCUACAUGAGUACAGUGAAGAAUUGGAGAAGUUGGGCAUUCUUAUCAAAGCUCGUAACUUCCUCGUCUUCCAGGGUGCUGUGGAGUCUAUUGCCAUGAAGAACCCCAAAGAAAGGACAGCACUAUUUGAAGAGAUCAGUCGCUCCGGGGAGCUGGCCCAGGAGUAUGACAAGCGAAAGAAGGAGAUGGUGAAGGCUGAGGAGGACACGCAGUUUAAUUACCAUCGCAAAAAAAACAUUGCAGCUGAACGCAAGGAGGCCAAACAGGAGAAAGAAGAGGCUGACCGCUACCAGCGCCUGAAGGAUGAAGUGGUGCGAGCUCAGGUACAGCUGCAGCUCUUUAAGCUUUAUCAUAAUGAAGUGGAAAUCGAGAAGCUCAAUAAGGAACUGGCCUCUAAGAACAAGGAGAUUGAGAAGGACAAGAAGCGUAUGGACAAGGUAGAGGAUGAGCUGAAGGAGAAGAAGAAGGAGCUGGGCAAAAUGAUGCGGGAGCAGCAGCAGAUUGAGAAGGAGAUCAAGGAGAAGGACUCAGAGCUGAAUCAGAAGCGGCCUCAGUACAUCAAAGCCAAGGAGAAUACCUCCCACAAAAUCAAGAAGCUAGAAGCAGCCAAGAAGUCCCUACAGAAUGCUCAGAAGCAUUAUAAGAAACGUAAAGGAGACAUGGAUGAGCUGGAAAAGGAGAUGCUGUCAGUGGAGAAAGCCCGGCAGGAGUUUGAGGAACGAAUGGAAGAAGAGAGUCAAAGUCAGGGCAGAGACUUGACCCUGGAGGAGAAUCAGGUGAAGAAAUACCACCGGUUAAAAGAAGAAGCCAGCAAGAGAGCAGCAACCCUGGCCCAGGAGCUCGAGAAGUUCAAUCGAGACCAGAAAGCCGACCAGGACCGGCUGGAUCUAGAAGAGCGGAAGAAAGUAGAGACAGAGGCCAAGAUCAAGCAAAAGCUGAGGGAGAUUGAAGAGAAUCAAAAGCGGAUUGAGAAACUGGAGGAGUACAUUACGACUAGCAAGCAGUCCCUAGAGGAACAGAAGAAGCUAGAGGGGGAGCUGACAGAAGAGGUGGAGAUGGCCAAGCGGCGUAUUGAUGAGAUCAAUAAGGAGCUGAACCAGGUGAUGGAGCAGCUGGGGGAUGCCCGCAUUGACCGCCAGGAAAGCAGUCGCCAACAGCGAAAGGCAGAGAUUAUGGAGAGCAUCAAGCGCCUGUACCCUGGCUCUGUGUAUGGCCGCCUCAUUGACCUCUGCCAGCCCACACAAAAGAAGUAUCAGAUUGCUGUAACCAAGGUUUUGGGCAAGAAUAUGGAUGCCAUUAUUGUGGACUCAGAGAAAACGGGCCGGGACUGUAUUCAGUAUAUCAAGGAGCAGCGUGGGGAGCCUGAGACCUUCUUGCCUCUUGAUUACCUGGAGGUGAAACCUACAGAUGAGAAACUCCGGGAGCUGAAGGGGGCCAAGCUGGUGAUUGAUGUGAUUCGCUAUGAGCCACCUCACAUCAAAAAGGCCCUGCAGUAUGCUUGUGGCAAUGCUCUUGUCUGUGACAAUGUGGAGGAUGCCCGCCGCAUUGCCUUUGGAGGCCACCAGCGCCACAAGACAGUGGCACUGGAUGGGACCCUGUUCCAGAAGUCAGGAGUUAUCUCUGGUGGGGCCAGUGACCUGAAGGCCAAGGCCCGGCGCUGGGAUGAGAAAGCAGUAGACAAGUUGAAAGAGAAGAAGGAGCGGUUGACAGAGGAGCUGAAAGAACAGAUGAAGGCAAAAAGGAAAGAAGCAGAGCUUCGUCAGGUGCAGUCUCAGGCCCAUGGACUACAGAUGCGGCUCAAGUACUCACAGAGUGACCUGGAGCAGACCAAGACACGACAUCUAGCCCUGAAUUUGCAGGAAAAGUCCAAGCUGGAGAGUGAGCUAGCCAACUUUGGGCCUCGCAUCAAUGAUAUCAAGAGGAUCAUCCAGAGCCGAGAGAGGGAAAUGAAAGACUUGAAGGAGAAGAUGAACCAGGUAGAGGAUGAAGUGUUUGAAGAGUUUUGUCGAGAGAUUGGUGUGCGCAACAUCCGGGAGUUUGAGGAAGAGAAGGUGAAGCGGCAGAAUGAAAUAGCCAAGAAGCGUUUGGAGUUUGAAAAUCAGAAGACUCGCUUGGGUAUCCAGUUGGAUUUUGAAAAGAACCAACUGAAGGAAGACCAGGAUAAAGUACACAUGUGGGAGCAGACAGUGAAAAAGGAUGAAAAUGAGAUAGAAAAGCUCAAGAAGGAGGAGCAAAGACACAUGAAGAUCAUAGAUGAGACCAUGGCCCAGCUACAAGACCUGAAGAAUCAGCACCUGGCCAAGAAGUCAGAAGUGAAUGACAAGAAUCACGAGAUGGAGGAGAUUCGUAAGAAACUGGGGGGCGCCAACAAGGAAAUGACCCAUUUACAGAAGGAGGUGACAGCCAUUGAGACCAAGCUUGAACAGAAGCGCAGUGACCGCCACAACCUGCUACAGGCCUGCAAGAUGCAGGACAUCAAGUUGCCACUGUCUAAGGGCACCAUGGACGAUAUUAGUCAGGAAGAGGGUAGCUCCCAAGGGGAGGAUUCAGUGAGUGGCUCCCAGCGAACUUCCAAUAUCUAUGCACGAGAGGCCCUCAUCGAGAUUGACUACGGUGACCUUUGUGAGGAUCUGAAGGAUGCCCAGGCCGAGGAGGAGAUCAAGCAGGAGAUGAACACACUGCAGCAGAAGCUAAAUGAGCAGCAGAGUGUGCUCCAGCGUAUUGCUGCCCCCAAUAUGAAGGCCAUGGAAAAGCUAGAAAGUGUCCGAGACAAGUUCCAGGAGACCUCAGAUGAGUUUGAAGCAGCUCGGAAGCGAGCCAAGAAGGCCAAGCAGGCAUUCGAACAGAUCAAGAAAGAGCGCUUUGACCGUUUCAAUGCUUGUUUUGAAUCUGUGGCCACCAACAUUGAUGAGAUCUACAAGGCCCUGUCCCGCAACAGCAGUGCCCAGGCAUUCCUGGGCCCUGAGAACCCUGAGGAACCCUACUUGGAUGGCAUCAACUACAACUGCGUGGCUCCUGGCAAACGCUUCCGGCCUAUGGACAACUUGUCAGGGGGGGAGAAAACAGUGGCAGCCCUGGCUCUGCUCUUUGCCAUCCACAGCUACAAGCCAGCCCCCUUCUUCGUCUUGGAUGAGAUCGAUGCUGCCUUGGAUAACACCAACAUUGGCAAGGUGGCAAAUUACAUCAAGGAGCAGUCAACUUGCAACUUCCAGGCCAUCGUCAUCUCUCUCAAGGAGGAGUUCUACACGAAGGCUGAGAGCCUCAUUGGAGUCUACCCCGAGCAAGGGGACUGUGUGAUCAGCAAAGUCCUGACCUUCGACCUCACCAAGUACCCAGAUGCCAACCCCAACCCCAAUGAGCAGUAGCAGUGGUUCUGCCCUCCCGCCCUGUCUGCGUCCCUAAGCUGCCCCUCUCUCAGUCUCUGGAUAUUUGGCUCCCAACCUUCUCCUACCUCCUGUCCCUGUUUGGUAUAGCCAUGAGAUUUAGGCACUGCUAUCAAGCAUGAAGAGGAACAGAGGUGAUGUUAGAUCUGGGACAAAAAUUCCUGAGUUACAGGGAGCAUCCUGGCCUCUGGAAGGAGGUGCUGUGCUGAGCUGAACAGGGCUAUCUGUCCAUCCCCCACUUCCCCUCCCGGACCUCCCCUCCAUCACCCAUAAUCAUGGGUCCCUUGGGCCCCCUUGCAUUUUGCUUGUGUGUGUAUGUGUGUGUGUGUGUGUGUGUGUGUGUGUGUGUAUGUGUCUGCAUGUGAGCAUGUGGGUAUGUUUGCAAAAUAAUAAAGAUAUUGGAGACUCAUUUUA